AUGCCCCCCACCCUCCUGCUGCUGCUCUGGGGGUCCCUGGCUGUGAUGGAGACCUGGGCCGGCUCACACUCCCUGAGGAUUUUCUACACCGCGAUGUCUCGGUCCCACCCCGGGGAGCCCCGCGUCACCUCCGUGGGCUACGUAGACGACACGCAGUUCGGGUGUUUCGACAGCGACGCUCCGGGUCAGAGCGCGGAGCCACGGGCGCUCUGGGCCCAGCAGGUGCGGCGGGAGGAUCUGGACCAGGAGACGCAGAGCCAGAGGCGCACGGCGCAGACGCUCAGAGCGCUGCUGUAGGACCUGCGCGGCCGCUACAACCAGAGCCGGGAUGGGUCUCACACCCUCCAGAGACUGUGUGGCUGCGAGGUGGGGCCAGACGGGCGCCUCCUCCGCGGGUACGAGCAGUUCGCCUACGAUGGCGCCGAUUACAUCGCCCUGACCCCGGACCUGCGCUCCUGGACCCCCGCGGACCCGGUGGCCCAGAUCACCCAGCGCCAGUGGGAGGCGUCGGGGAGGGCGGAGCGAGUCAGGGACAUUCUGCAGGGCAGGUGCCUGAGGUGGCUCCGCAGACUCCUGGAGCUGGGGAAGGAGGUGCUGCAGCGCACAGAUCCCCCAAACACACACAUGACCCACCACCCUGCCUCUGACCAGAACAUCACCCUGAAAUGCUGGGCCUUGGGCUUCUACCCUGCGGAGAUCACCCUGACCUGGCAGCGAGAUGGGGAGAACCUGACCCAGGACAUGGAGCUGGCGGACACCAGGCCUGGGGGAGAUGGAACCUUCCAGAAAUGGGUGGCUAUGGUGGUGCCUUCUGGAGAGGAGCAGAGUUACACGUGCCAUGUGCAUCAUGAGGGGCUGCCAGAGCCCCGAGUCCUGAGGUGGGAGCCCCCUCCUCAGCAAUCCACCCCCACCGGGGGCCUCAUUGCUGGCCUGGUUCUCCUUGGAGCUGGGCUCACUGGGGCUAUGGUGGCUGCAGCUGGGAUGUGGAGGAAGAAGCGCUCAGGUGGGAAAGGAGGAAACUAUACUAAGGCUGCAGGUAGCAACAGUGUCCAGGGCUCUGAUGAGUCUCUCAACCCCUGAAGUGUCUUUCAAAAUAAAGCAGA